AUGAGCAGUUCAGAAAUACAAUCAGAUUCUGAGGAUCUUAUCUAAGGACAAAAAGAUUUUGAUUUCUAUGCUGAUCUCUUGAAUCCAGCUGAAAAGCUUAAAAAAAGAAUUCAAUAAUCAACAUAGAAUCAAAUUACUAAAUUGGUCAAAUCAUAAAAAUUAAAUGAAAAAACAUAGAAGAAAUCUAAACAAUUAGUUUAAAAGGUUAAAAAUGAAGAAGUCUAAGAAAAUGUUAAACCCUAAUAUGAUCCCAAAAUAUUUGCUACUAACACUGACUUCCAAUAGUUGAAACUAAACAAAUCCUUAGUUAAAGCUUGUCAUGAAUAGGGUUACAAGUAUCCUACUAAAAUCUAAGCCUAAAUCAUUCCAUUGGUGCUCGCAGGAAAAGAUGUUCUAGCAAGUUCAUGUACAGGCUCAGGAAAAACUGCAGCAUUUUUAUUACCCUUAAUGCAAAGAUUCGGAAACACCAAAAGCUAAAAAUACUCAAAAGCCUUGAUUGUGAUGCCUACAAGAGAAUUAGCAUUAUAAUGUUUUGAAAUGUUUUAGAAAUUAAAUCAAUUUUCACAUUGUACUGCUGCCCUUGUAAUUGGAGCUGUUCCCAUCCAAUAACAAGAAGCAGAAUUAAGAAGAUAUCCUGAUAUCAUUAUUGCUACUCCAGGGAGAAUAGUUGAUAUAAUGAAAAAUUCAUUUAGUAUUGAUUUAUCUAGGUAAUUCUUAUUCACUAUAUUAUAUAGUAUCGAAGUACUUGUAUUAGAUGAGGCUGAUAGAUUGAUGGAAAUGGGAUUUGAGGCAGAAAUUAAAGAAAUCCUAUAAUAAACACCUAGAGAUAGAUAAACAGUAUUAGUAAGUGCAACACUCAAAGCUACAGUAAAACAACUUUCAUUAUUGGCUCUCCAUAAACCAGUUAAAGUUAGUGUUGAUUAUGUUGAUGGUUUAGCUUAUGGUCUGAAGUAAUACAUACUUAGGAUAGAUUCUGAUGACGAAAAGGACAGAGAAGCUACGUAAAUUAAUAUAUUAUAAAUUAGUCUUCUUGCUUUAUUAUAAUAAAAAUUUACUGAAAAAACUAUUAUUUUUGUUAGAACUAAACAUGAUUGUCAUAGAUUGUAAAUCCUUUUAGGUAUCAAAAAUUUAAGCAGUUGUGAGUUGCAUGGAAAUUUAACUUAACAAUAAAGAAUUCAAGCUUAUGAAGAUUUUAAAGUAUCCUACUUUUUUUAUUAUAUUCAAGGAAGGAAAGUUCUAGUACUUGUUAGCUACUGAUCUUGCUGCAAGAGGAUUAGAUAUAGCUAAUGUGAAAGCUGUCAUCAACUUUGAAAUUCCUUAUGAGACUUCUAGGUAUAUUCAUAGGGUUGGUAGAACUGCUAGAAUUGGAAAUCAGGGUGUUUCAGUGACAAUUUGUUUGAAAAAAGAAGUCUCUUAAUUUAAGUAAAUGAUUAAGGAAUCUAAAUAAACGUUAUUUAAAUUGAAUUUCAAUAUAGAAUCUAUAGAUGAAAUUAAAGCUGACCUUAAAUCAUUAGAACCUAAAAUUAAAAAGAUUAUUAAAGGUGAAGUUUUUGAAAAAGAAAUCCAUUAAACUGAAAUUCUAGCUUAAAGAGCUUAAAAUUUGAUACAACACAGAGUUGAAAUCAUGAGGAAACCUAAAAAAGAAUGGAUUUAAUCAGCAUAGUAAAAGAAACUAAGAAAUCAAAUUUAAAAGGAGGAAGAUGAUUGA